AUGGCAUUUAUGGGAGCGAAAACUAAACAUCAUUGCACGGUGGCAAACAACACAGAUGUUAGUCGGCUUGUACCAUUGAUAAGAAAAAAUGGAAAGUCAGUAUGGGACGGAUGUCAUCUGUUUGAUGGUUAUAAUACUACAGAAAAGAUACCAUGCCCAAAUGGUUGGACUUAUGACCUCCCUGAAGGAGAAGCGACUAUAAUAUCUGAGGUAACAAUUUCUCAAAUUUAUAUAUUCCGGCAGUUUAGAUACAAACCACGACAGCUUAUUGUAUAAUACUAUACCUACACUGGACGACCACGUCUGAGACAACCUUUUCAGGAGAGAAAUGCUAAUGCCGGCUAUGGAUUAAACUACCUGAAUAAAAUACAAGUAAAACUUGGACGUAAAACUUCGAUGAAGGGCCUUCGCUCGAAACGUCGAAGUUAUAUUUGUAUUUUUCAGGUAGUUGAAUCCCUACCAUCUGCAUUUCUCUGGUGUUUUGUUUCUACCUACACCAGCACAGAGAAUUUGAGUUUAUAUCCUUUGCAGGCAGUUCGAUCUGACUGAAAUGUUUACAGUUUAUUGCAGAAUACAACCUAUACACUGGACCCGACGAUUGAGAUGUCUUUUAAUCUUCGGAUAAUUCAUACACUAAGCACGGCAGCUUAUUGUAGCUAGAGUGCUACCUAACACCGCACAACAUGGUUGCUGGCGUUCAGGAGCCAUAGAGCGAUACUACGUCCAUUGUAUAUAUGGCGAUAAUUUUGAAUUCAAAUAUGUGUUUCGAAAAUUGCAAAAUUUAGUUGAAUUAAGAAUUCUAAAGUUACAAAUUUCAUGCACAUGCAGUGAAUCCGCAAUCAUGGACAUGUAGCAAUCUGAGCCUGGAGUACGUUACUGGCUAACAUUCCAAACAUUAUUGGCUACUUGUUGGACUUCACGUUUAAUAAUGGCGCCCAAUCCAGUCUUUAGAUAACAUUUACUCCAAUAACUCCAUUAUUUUCUAUUUAGUGGGAUCUUGUCUGUGACGACGCUUACAAAGUCAGCCUAGCCACAAGCAUGUAUUUUGUCGGAGUAACGUUAGGGAGUCUGGUGUUCGGAACAUUAUCAGAUAAAUAUGGAAGAAGACCUGUGUUUCUGUUUACAAUGUUCUGCCCAUUUGUUCUUGGCUUGUUUUUGUUCUUUAUAAAGAACUAUAUCGCAUUUGUUGUUUUUCGGUUCUUCCUCGGAUUCGUUCUUCAGGUACAGUAAUUAUACAAUGAAUUGGAUCAAUUACUAAAUAAUAAACUUAGCUGCACUGUAAGAUUUAUUUUCCUUACUUCUAGGGUCUACAAAUUACCGCCUUUACCAGUCAGGUAGAGAUGCUUUCCACUCAGUACAGACCAUCCUUCGGCAUUGGACAAGGGUUCUUUUGGGUUACUGGAGUCAUGUCAUUGGCACUGGUCUCGUAUCUCAUCAAAGAUUGGCAUUACAUUCAGUUGGUGUCCACCACAAUUUUCCUGUUCCAAAUUGGAUUUGUUUGGUAGGUAUUGGUUGGCAAUUCACUAGAUGAUUGGUGGCUUCAGUUAGCGCUAUGGGACAGCAGAAAAAUAGAGGAUAGGCCUAUUACGCUUGCGAGAAGAUAUGGAUUUUAUGCCACGAGAUAUGGAUUUUUACCACAAGAACAUAAAAUCCAUAUCUUUGAGUCACCAUAUAAUGUUCUUUUUAUUAUCUGGACGUAUUCAUAGUGAAGCAAAUGCACGCAAUUUUAUUUUCAUGAAAAUAGUAAAAACAACACAAUAAUGAUUUGAAAAGGAUUCUUUAAAAAUGUUGACAUCAUGUAACGUUUUUGUUGGAUUUUCGUUUUCUUGCUGCUCGCAGAAAUGAUUAAUAUCGUGUUCACUUAAGUCAACAAACUUCGAACUGAUAGCCAUUUCAGAACAAGAAUGAAACUUUUGGCGGGAAGAUUUCGCUCACGUCACUUCAAUAUAAAUGCCACUCACGAGCGUUAUUUUACGGAAAAAAGGCCACUUGCUCCCGGAUGUAGUGACAUAUGAGUUCUAUACGAGUAUUUUAGUUCCCAGCAAAACACCUUCGUCCAUAUAAUAAAAAGGAUCAACUUCGGAAACAGAACAUUUGCCAUACUGGUGUGACCUCAUCGAUUAUUCACUGUAUUCCUACCAAUGACUAGAAAUUUUAAGAACCUUUUCUAACAUGUCAGCAACACCAAUGUAAAUUUGCACUGCUAAGCAUUUAUGCAUAGCACUCAUACUCUAUCCAGCUCUAGUUAUGAGAUCAGUGACAUGAAAGGAAUAGAUUUCUAGACUGGAGUGUCGAAAUGAUGGGCCUCAAAUGUGAUAUGUUCACAUUCAUUACUUUUCUAUAGGUGUUUACCCGAAUCCAUUCGUUGGCUUCUAAUCAAUAACCGCUUUGACAAAGCAGAGAAAGUCGUUAGAAACAUCUGCUCUUUCAACAAGAUUACUUUCCCACGAGAUAUAUUUGAUAAAACGGUGAAUAAGAUUGAAAACAAGACGGAUAUCAAGAAUUUUACAAUUGUUUAUAUUUUCAAAUCAAGUGUGUUGAGGAAACGGUCUUUGAUUAUGAUGGUGGUUUGGUAAGUACUGCCUGGUAUUGUCUGCUCGGUAAGUACUGCCUUGGUAGAACUAGUCUAGCUAGGUUAAGUAGAUCUUGGUAGGGUUAAUUAGUGAGAUCAAAGACGCCCGAUUAAGGUUUGUCAGUGAGACUAAGAAAUUCCUGACUAAGUUGAGAUAAAAAAACUCCAACUGAGGUCAACAAACCCCUGAUGAUCAAGAAACUUCUGAUUAAUCUCACAAACGAAGGUCAGACCUCUGUCGAUCCACACCCAAAUUUUUACCUCCAUAAUGGCCAGGAAGUUAUGUUUUUACCUGGGUUUGUUAAUAAUAUGUAUGCGUGUUUGUCUGUCAGAACUCGCUGUUUUAUAACAUUAUUGUUUUAACAAUGGACCAAUAAGGGAUGGAUAAUUUCUAGACCUCGCGAGGGAAAAGUUUAGAACUGAUAGAGAUAUAUAUCCAGAAUAAAUACAAUGACUACUGUAUGUCCAUUUCGUAACUUUCCAGGUUUUCAAUAUCUCUGGGUUACUUUGGACUGGCAUUGAAUAUCUCGAGUCUUGCUGGAAAUAAAUACUUAAACUUCUUCAUUAGUGGAGCAUUGGAGAUUAUCAUCAUUGCUUUGACCAUAUUUGUCUCAAACAGGUGCGUUGUAGCAGUAUAUUGAGGAACACUGUCGAGCAUUUCCUUACAGAAACCUCAUUAAUACGAACACCUCUCUCAUACGAACACCUCUCUCUGAUACGGGCGCAUCUCUAUUACGAGGAGUUCCCAAUAUUUCUGAAUUCUCUUAUUUACAAAUGUGUACAGAUAAUACUAGACGGCAAAAUUAUGGCCACAUGCAGGCUCUAUAAAAUUUUCCCCUGUGAAGUUAAUUCGUGCACUACAAACACAAAUGAGAGUUUGAUAGAAAGGAGGGAAAAAACGAAAAAACAUCGUUAUUUUCACGUUUAAAAGAGAAAUAUUUUUACUUUUGUGCAUGUGUGAAUAAAAAUUGUGAUUUCAAGUCAAUGAUUAGAAAAAUAUAUUUGUUUAGAAAGUUUUUACUCAUGCAAUCAGAAAUCUUCCAAAAUUAUCAUAUUCUUCGCGCUACAAUGUUCUGACAUUCCCAACUUAGUCUCGCCAAUAGCUAUUUCACAUAAUAACGAAGGUGCGCUCCCCAAGCCAUUAUUACCGAGUUAUGAUAUACUGGUAAAGGUAUAUUGUAGUCUUUCAAUAAACCGUUUUCACACAAUUUGACGCUGUUUUUCUUGGCUACCUGGGUUGUAAGCCAACGGUAAAAAAAUUUGAUUUUGUUCUCUCACGUGCGAAUCAUCUGACACGUGUAAAAACUUACAAAAAUUGCUGCAUCACAUCAGUUAGUUCCUCCCAAUUCACUCAAACCUAAAAUCGCAUAAAAAAAUAUUCAACGAUAUUAGUGAAUUUCUGAUUCAAAUCCGCCAUAUGCUUCUUGAAUUUUGAGUUAAAACACUCUAAACGUACCUAUUUUCUAAAGAGCAGGGGGACAACUUUUUAUGUCCACGCCCUGUAUAUUUUUCAUAAACAUAGAAAGAUGGAUUUAAUUUUUUGAUUCCGUGCAGUAUUUGAGGUAGCCUGUAUAUGUGGCUGAAGGAUUGAAAAUUAAAGUUAAAUUAAAUAUUUUUAAUAAUCUAGGUUUGGACGACGCAAGUCAUUGUCUGUUUAUUUUCUUAUCGGCGGAAUAGCUCUUAUUAUUGCAGGAGGAUUGUCAAAGUCGAACAGUAAGAUAUUCUGAUGUUUUCUUGACUUAUUCACAGAUUAUGUUUAUUUCGUCUUUAAGCAAGAUUUAGUCCCGGACUGACCCGAGGUCGGCAGUUAGGAUUCUUCUGCUCAAUCUCUUUCUGUCAUUCAAUUCCUCGAUAUUCAAACAUUCUUUUACCCGGAUUCUUACCCGAAGUUGGCUGCUAAAUUUACUUCAAUUUCUUUCUCUUCUUCAAUUCCUUGAUAUUCAGAUCUCUGUUACCAAGCUAGUCUCAGACUAACCCAAUGCUGGCUGUUGCUAUUCUUCUCAAUCUCUUUCUGUCCCUUCGUAUUUAGAUUUUCUCACCUACGUCUGAUUUCUUCAUUUCAUGUCUCAGGUAGACUGGACUUUUUUUCGUCUCUUCUUAUUACAUUUCCAUACCUCAAUCUUGUUUCCCUCACCCUCUCUGCCACUCCACAUUUUAGGUAAUAUCACAAAAUUAAAAGCUAAAGUAAGAGAGAGAGAAAGGAGUACAAUCAUUUGCAAAGAGGAGUACAGUCAUUUGCGCGAAUGAAACUAAAACCUGCUCCCAUUGUUUUUAUUAGUGUAGCAUUUCAUAAUUUCAACAUCUGUCUUGUUACAGAAAGUGUCCAGACCCUUGUGAUGAUUUUUGCGAUAGCAGGAAGAAUGUCGCUGACUGGAAAUUUUUCGAUUUGUUUUUUUUAUACUUCUGAACUUUAUCCUACUACGAUACGGUAUGUAUUUAAUAUCAUCUCAUUAAUUAUCACUCUCAAUUUUAGAUAGUUAGAUUGUAUAUAUAUAUAUAUAUAUAUAUAUAUAUAUAUAUAUAUAUAUAUAUAUAUAUAUAUAUAUAUAUAUAUAUAUAUAUAUAUAUAUAUAUAUAUAUAUAUAUAUAUAUAUAUAUAUAUAUAUAUAUAUAUAUAUAUAUAUAUAUAUAUUUUAUAUAAUUCUUACUGUAGGAACGUAGGUGUUGGAGCAGGGAUGUUCUGGACACGAUUUGCUGGCAUUAUAGCACCACAAAUGUUGUUACUGGUAUGUAACUAAGCAUGCAUGCAAUGAACGUGAAUAGUGCAACAAUAUUGCACCAUUCACUGGCAGGUGAAUAAUUGUUUUAGCAUAUACCAUAAGAAAACAAAACAAAAAUGACCAAAAAACAACGAAAAUAUGUUUAAAACAAUUUGUAUCACAGCUCCCGUAAGAGUUGUAAACAAAACAGUGUUUACGAGCUUUUAGUUACUAAUUCUAUUCAUUAGAAAUAGUUUUAAAGAAUAACUUAGGGAUGUUAAUUGUUAAAGUACCCUGCGAGCCAAGUCUUCUCGUAUUUCUUCACGGCAUGGCACGGAGAAGCGAGAGAGACUCUGCAGAACUUGUGUAUAUUCUUUGUGGAGCCGACAAUCCGAAAACUUGGAUAAUUAUGCGACCGGUUUUGAUCCGAACCGGGAACUACUUAUUAAAUCUUCUUCUGAGAAAUAGGCAGUUGCUUAGCAACCUAAUAGCGCAAGCUCAAAUGAAUUUAUACACAAGUUCUGCAGAGUCUCUCUCGCUUCUCCGUGCCGAGAAGAAAUACGAGAGGACUUUGCUCGCAGGGUAUUGUUAAAGGUACCAGAGCUGCAUAAAAACGAUUAAAUAUCUGUUCUAUUUUCAAUUUGUUUCAAAUUAAUAAAGGCAAUCAUGUGAUGGCAACUCAGCAAGAGCACCUCCACCUUUGAAUUUAUUUAUUAAUAAAAUGUUAAACAUGUCCGAGAUUCAUUUAUACAAUAAAUUCGUGAUGCAUGUUGAAUCCUAUAACCAUAAUCUAACCUCUACAGUGGCGUAGCCAGCCCGACAAUAUAUUUAGUCCCGCUAUACAAAUUCAAAAUUAUUAUCAUUAUUCAUUUCUUUAAAAAUUGAUUGUUUUCACAGUCAAUGAACUCGAAAAUAUUUGCAUAGACUAAAUCGUAGGGCUGGCUACGCUACUGAACUUUUAACCCUAAUCUAAUCUUAAUCUAUUCUGACCCCAAUCUAACCCCAAUCUAAACUUGACGACCUUUUUUUUAAUCUAUCCUAUCCCAGCGCAACCUCCCUCCCUUAAGACUGCAUACGUUCCCCAGCGAUAACCCAAUUUUCAAUUUAGAUUUAACGCAAAUGUAAUCAAUUUUUCCUAGGCCUUGGGCAUCAUAUAAGACCACUAUAUUUUAAGUUACAGCGGCAAUUUAACAAUAUGUUUCCAUAUAGGGCGAAUACACAGCCGAGGCCGUACCUUUUAUCAUAUUUGGUGGAAUGCUUCUGCUGUCAGGUGCACUUGCCCUAUUGCUACCAGAAACUUUAAAUGUGAAACUGCCGGAGACACUGCAGGAUGUAAGAAAACUUGAAAUGCCACAAGAAGGAAAGGGAAAGAAGAGCCUUAAUGCUGAGAGAGAAAAUAUCGAACUUGUCUCGUGA